UUGGAUCUCUCUCUCUCUCUUUACUGAACAGUGCCGUAUCCAGAAUGGCGUCCCAUUUCAAUGUUUAUGCACGCGUCGCUACACGUGCCACCGUGUUACCACCUCACAGGCACAAACACCAAAACCCAUUUUCGUUUUUCACCAUAGAACCACCAGACCAGUCAAAAUCGACAGAAAGAACUAAACCCAGAACCAUAAGAAGCACUAGAAUUAGGGUUUUAAAUGGGGGUGAUUCAUACUUGGACAUGUGGAAGAAGGCAGUGGAUUGGGAAAGAAAGUCGAUUGAGUUUGAGGAAAUGGCUAAGAACUCAGCAGGAACUGUUGGUGGUGAUGAGGAAGAAGAAACAGAGAGUCCAGAGGUGUUGGAGAGAAAAAGCAGCGAGUUCCAGAAGAUUCUGGAAGUGUCCACGGAGGAGAGAGACAGAAUACAGAGAAUGCAAGUGAUUGAUCGGGCUGCAGCGGCAAUUGCGGCCGCCAGAGCAUUGCUAACAGAGGAAUUGUUGCCAGCAAAGAAGGUUUCCGGUGAUUCGGGGUCACUGGGGAUUGAGGAUGGGAAAGUUGAGAGUGGUGGGGACAAUGAGGCUCAGCUAGGAGGAAUGCAGAAUGGGAGCUCCUUUGUAUCUGAGUCAGGAAAUGUUGGAAAUGGAACACCAGGUCCAAAUUUCUGGUCCUGGACACCGCCUCCAGAUAGUGAUAUGGACGAUGAAAGUAAUAUGAAGCCAACCAUAAAAACUUCUCCUUCUACUUUAAUUAGCCCCGUGAUGGAGAAAGAUAGACCUGCAGAUUUUCUGUCAAUCCCAUAUGAGAGUAAACAUUUUGAAAGUAACCACAACCCUCCCCUUCCACCUCUUCAGUCACUGAUGGAGGUUGAAAAAGUGGAAGUUUCCAGCUCAAGUCCAGAGACACCCUACUUGGAUGAGGAACGUGAACUUGGUGUUCACUUUUCAGCUCAUGCGGCUGAAGCAGCUCAUGCUCUUGAUAAGGUAAAUGAAGUGAUAUCCCAUGGAGUUUAUCCAGAUGGAUCGCGGUGGUGGAAAGAGACAGGAAUCGAGCGAAGAUCUGAUGGGGUGGUUUGCAGGUGGACACUGACCAGAGGUGUCAGUGCUGACAAAGCUGUCGAAUGGGAAGAAAAAUAUUGGGAGGCUUCUGAUGAAUUUAUUUAUAAGGAACUCGGUUCAGAGAAAUCAGGACGUGAUGCUGCAGGAAAUGUUUGGCAUGAAUUCUGGAGAGAAUCAAUAUCACAGAAUCAUGGGAUUGUGACUCUCGAGAAAACUGCAGAUAAAUGGGGGAAGAAUGGAAAAGGUGAUGAGUGGCAGGAGAAGUGGUGGGAACACUAUGAUGCCUCUGGCCAAGCGGAGAAAUGGGCUCACAAGUGGUGCAGCAUUGACCCAAAUACACCCGUUAGGGUCGGUCAUGCUCAUGUUUGGCAUGAAAGGUGGGGUGAGAAGUAUGAUGGGCAAGGUGGCAGCAUGAAAUACACCGACAAAUGGGCUGAGCGUUCAGAGGGUGAUGGCUGGACAAAAUGGGGCGAUAAAUGGGACGAGCACUUUGAUCCACAGGGUCGCGGGGUGAAACAAGGGGAGACAUGGUGGGAAGGGAAGUAUGGAGAACGUUGGAAUCGAACCUGGGGUGAAGGACACAAUGCUUCUGGAUGGGUGCACAAAUAUGGCAAGAGCAGCAGUGGUGAACAUUGGGACACCCAUGAACAGCAAGAUACAUGGUAUGAGAGGUUCCCACAUUAUGGUUUUUACCAUUGCUUCGACAACUCAGUCCAGCUCCGGGAAGUUAAGAAACCAUCCGAGUGGUCUUGAGACAUUUUGGAGUUUGCUGUCCCCGGAACAAAGGAGACAACAUAAGCUACUGCUAUCUCAUAACAUGCAAAAAGGAACAAUUGCUGGGCCAUUUACAACCCCUUAGUUAAUAUAAUUGUUUUAGAAAUUAUGACAACAUUUAUGGAAUAAAAUGUGGCACUAUGUGUGUUUGUGUG